AUGCAAGGAUAAUUUAAAAGGUUUUACAACUUGGAAGAAUUUGUAAAAUCCAAAGAAAAUGCUAUAACGAGUCUCUCAAUAUGGUUAAUUAAUAAAAAAUUAGAUUAUGAGGGAGUUAAAACAAUUAGUUCUAAUUUAAAAGAAUACAAGGAUAUAACCAAGUUAGAUUUAUCUAUAAGUGGAAAUAAAAUAGAUGAUAAAGGUGCAUAUGCAUUUGGUUAAGCUUUAAGUUACUUUGGAAAUCUCACAUAUUUAAGUUUAUACUUAAAUGAUAAUAAUAUUGGUGAUAGAGGCAUAACCAAGAUAUCAAUAGGUUUAAGCAAUUCUUCUAUGAUUACCAAUUUAAUCUUGAGUUUAGGUGAUAAUUAAAUCAAUGAUGACGGAGCCUAUGCAGUUGGUGUAGCUUUAAGAAAAUUCAAACAUUUGGAAGAUUUAUAAUUAUGGUUAAAUGGAAAUUAAUUCGGCGAUAGAGGAAUUUCAGGUAUUGUGACAGGUUUGAAUAAUUGUACUUAGUUGAAAAUAUUAAAAGCUGGCUUUGGAGAUAAUAAAAUAACAGAUGAAGGAUAUUUAAAAUUGGAUUAGUGUCUCGCAGGAUUAGUAAACUUGCAAUAUUUACUCUAUGGUUUUUUCUCUGGCAGUGAAAAAAUGUUAAAAUCGAGAGAUAUUCUCAACUGCAAAAAUGUUAGGAUACUCACUCUACAGUUUGAACCUAAAUUACUAAAAAGUGAAAAAAUUCAGCAUAAAAUUAAGGCUCUUAAAAUUUUAAGACUAGUUGUAUUAGAAGUACAUUAAUAUGAAGAUUAUGAGGAUGAUGGCAUCGAUUAUCCAUAUUUUGAAUGA